AUGAGCGAAUAUAAAAAAUAUAAUGUACCUUCACAUGAAAUUUAUGAUGUUAUUUUAAUUGGUGGUGGCUUAUUUAAUUGCUGCCUGUACUAUUAUUUAAAAUUAAAAAAUUCUGAACUGUCUAUAAUAAUAGUAGAAAAAGAAGAAAACUUAGGAGGGUAUAUAAAGACAUAUACAUAUAAUAUUGAUGAUAAAAAAAUAUUAGUAGAGUUAGGUCCGAAUAUGUUUAAAUUAUGUAAUGAGAGUUAUAAUUUAAUUAAUAAACUUAAUUUACUUUCUAGUGUUAGAUUAUUAGACGAUACACUUAUAAGAUAUAUAUAUAUAAAAAAUGAUAAAUUAUAUCCGUUGUAUUUAAAUAUAUUUUCUUAUUUAUCUUUCCCUUUAAUAAAUAUUUCAAAUAAAAUUAAAUUACUCUUCAAAUUAAUCUUUAAACAAUAUAAAAAUUUAAAUUCAUAUACAAACGAUAUAUCUGUGGAAAAUUAUAUGAACGAUAAUUUCGAUUCACAACAUUAUAAUUUUUUACUUUUACCUUUUAUAUAUGGCUCGUGUGCAGGUAAUGGCAAAAUAUCUGCAGUCUCCUUCUUCUCAAGAAAUUUAAAGCUUUUUCAUAAUAAAGUGAACUCUUUAUAUAUAUGGAAUGAGAAAAUUAAAAGCGAAGAAAAAAAUAGGAAUAUAAAAUGUGUUAAUAAUAAUACUUUUAUUUAUCAACAUAUGAAUAAAAAAAAAAAAAAUUUUAAUUUAUUUACACCAUGUUAUAAUUUUUUUUACAUUUCAAAUAAAAACAUGAAAAUGGAUGUAUAUUUAAAUGUCUUAUACAAUUACUAUUCCUCAAAUAAGAAGACAGAAAAAAAAAAUGUAUUUAAUUAUAUUUGUUACAGGAUUCCUAUUUUGUUAUUACAUAUGAAACAAUUUUCUAUUAAUAUAUUUCGUCAUAUUUCUAUAUUUCUAAAAUGUACAUACCAAUUCUUUUACCCUUUUUUAAUGUUACCUGAUCUAGCCAAAUGGACGACUAGCCAUUUUGAUGAUGAAAAAAAAAAAAAAAAAAAUUUAAUUGGAAAAACUGUUACCUUUAAAAAUGGUUUAUAUGAAUUAAUAGAUAAAUUACAGAGUCAUAUGAAUAAAGAAUUUAUAUAUACAAAUCAUGAAGUCGAUUUUAUUGAAAAGGCUUAUAACAAUUUAUGGAUGUGUAACAUCAAACAUGAAAAUCAAAAUAAAACAAUAUAUGGUAAAAACAUUGUUUUAGCUGUAAAUUCGAAAAUAUGUUCUAAUAUUAUGAGGAACAUUUUACCGGUUAACAUAAGAGAUAUACUUUUAAAUUUUUCGUAUUCUAGUAUUAUAAGUAUAUCAUUAUAUUUUAAGAAAAGUGAUAUAAAUAUUCCAAAAAACUUUUUUGGAUUUUUAUCAUCUGAUAAAUGUGCACAUAUCUUGGGAUGUUUUCAUAUAAAUAAUAUGUUUAAAGAAAGAUGUCAUGAUGAUAAUAAAGUAUUAUUAACUUUAUAUAUGGGUGGAUCAAAUCAUCCAAAUGAUAUUACUUUAGAUGAAUAUGAAAUUAAAGAAAUAAUUUCAAACGAUUUAAAAAACAUAUUUGAUAUAUAUAAUGAUGCACAACCUAAUAUUUUAAAAAUACACAAAUGGAAAGACGCAAUACCAUUUUAUUCAUAUAAUUAUGAGAAACUCUUAAAAAAAGUUAUGGAGGAAUUAAAUAAAUUGUCUUAUAAAAAUUUGUACCUCGAUUCUGGAUGGAUAACUGGAACGUCAAUAUCGGAUAGAAUAAGAUCUGCACAGGAUUUGUGCGAAUAUAUCUUUUCUCUGACGAAUCUUGCAUCAUAA